UCUCCUCGUGGUCAAUUUUAUCGCUGUUCGCCGGCUUCUUCACCUUCUCAAAACCUCCGAAAACCUGGGGCGGGGCCGAGCCUACGCGAGAUAAGUUAUUUACGUGACGGAAAGACGUCUCAGGCCCGGCAGCACCGCCCGGGCCCGCGCCGCGCUGGAGCUCGCUUUUCUUGGAUCCCUUGCCCGUUCGGAUCCCAACCCCUCCGUUCCCUACUCCCAUGGCGGCGGCCCAGCUGAGGGCCCCGGCUCAGCAGAGCAGUGUGACCUUUGAAGAUGUGACCAUAGACUUCUCCUGGGAGGAAUGGGAUCUGCUUGGUGAGGCUCAGAGACGCUUGUACUGUGACGUCAUGCUGGUGAAGUUGGCACUUAUUACCUCCCUGGGUAAGACCUCAGAAUCUUCUAGUUUUCUGAACCAGUCCCUGUCCUGUCAUUAUCCCCAGAAACAACAUUGCAGAAUCCACACUGGAGAAAGGCCUUAUGAGUACAGUGAAUGUGGGAAAUCUUUUUUUGUAAUUUUUGGACUCUGUCAGAUCAAGACAUCACACUGGAUUACGGCCUUAUGA